UAUUUUUUUCAUAACUCAACAUGUCCCAUGUACCAUCUUAUUUACAUAUCUCCACAAUUUUACACUUUGCCUUCUAAACCAUUGCAUUUGGCCAUGGUAAUUCUCUAAAUUGUCAAAACAACACAAAAAGGGAAAUAAUGCCAUGGCAAUUUCUUCUAUUUAUUUGACAACAUGGCGAAUUUACCUAAACCCCCAUGGCAAUAUUUAACUUUUAUUGCCAUGGCAAGUUUUACUAUUUAUCUGCCAUGGCAAAUUUACCUUUAUUAACAUGGCAAUUUUACCUAAAUCCCCAUGGCAAUGUUUAAUUUUUAUUGUCAUGGAAAGUUUUAAUAUUUAUUUCACCUUCAUUAACAUGACAAAUUUACCUAAAUCCCCAUGGCAAUAUUUAACUUCUAUUGCCAUGGCAACUUUUAUUAUUUAUUUCACCUUCAUUAACAUGACAAAUUAACCUAAAUUCCCAUGGCAAUAUUUAACUUUUAUUGCCAUGGCAAGUUUUAUUAUUUAUUUUCCAUGGCUAAUAUACCUUCAUUAACAUGGCAAAUUUACCUAAAUCCCCAUGGCAAUAUUUAACUUUUAUUGCCAUGGCAAGUUUUACUUUUUAUUUGUCGAUGGCAAAUUGACCCUUAUUAACAUGGCUAUUUUACCUGAAUCCCCAUAGCAAUAUUUAACUUUUGUUGCCAUGGCUAGAUCUACUAUUUAUUUGCCAUGGCUAAUGUACCUUCAUUAAUAUGGCAAAUUUUACCUAAAUCCCCAUGACAAUAUUUAACUUUUAUUGCCAUAACAAGUUUUACUUUUUAUUUGCCAUGGCUAAUUUACCUUUAUUAACAUGGCAAAUUUACCUAAAUUCCCAAGGUAAUUUUUACAUUUUUUUUAUUAUUGAGCCUUUUAUUCAUCUUUUUGGGUUGUUAGGGGAUGGGGAGGCGUUCAAGUUGGGGCUUUUUUCAUCCCGAAGAGUCCAUCGUUGCCCCACUUGUACCGAAUGAAACGUUCGAUCUGGGGUGCUACCAGACCAAUCGUCAGCACCAUAUCGGGGUCCUAAAUUUAAAUUUUUUGCCAUCGCAUUUUUCCGUUAAUUGGCAUGGCAAAUUUAAGCUAAAUCUAAUGGUAACUUUUAACUUUUAUUGCUAUGGCAUUUUUUAAUCUUUUAUUUGUCAUGGCAAUUUUACAAUUUUUCAUGCCUAAAUUACCUAUAUCUACAUGGAAAAUAUUUAACUAUUAUUGCCAUGGCAAUUUUCACUCUUUUUGUUUUGCCAUGGAACUUUCACAUUUAUUUGCGACGGCAAAAUUACCAAUAUUGCCAUGGAAAAUUUACUUAAACCACCUUGGCAAUUUUUAAAUUUUAUUGCCAUGGCAUUUUUUACUCUUUAUUUUUGCCAUGGCAAUUUACAUUUAUUUUCCAUGGCUAAAUUAUCUAUAUCAACAUGGCAACAUGGAAAUUUUCACUUUCAUCUUUUUUCAAGGGAUUUUUACGUACAGUGCAAGUUGCCAUGACUUUUUUUCCAUGCCAUUGCAUAAAGAAAGAUCUUUUUGUCCAUGGCAAAAUCUGUUUUGUUAAAUACGAAUGGCAUUUUCUGGUUUGCAUCACUGGGAUUUUUUAGUUAUCAAUUUUUCCCUUUUCAAUAGCAAUUUUUUCAUAGCAUAGCAAAGUCUGGGCUUUCUUUCACAAGCUUAAAAUUUGUCUUUUAGUCACAGUAGAAACUGGGCAUACUGGGCUUUUCUUUUAUUAGUCAACAGAAGGCAGCGAUGCUGGGUGUUCGGGCGGGGGCUCCUCUGGUCCCGAACUACUUUGUUCGAUCGAUGCCCAGAUUCCUCCCGAAAGAAUCGCUCGGCCUGGGAGAUCCCAGACCGAACGUUCGGCCGUUAUCGGUGUCCAAAAAAAAUCCACCCCCCCGAUCCAGAUCCCCUCCACCUCCGAUCCAGAUCCCCUCCUCCUCCUCCCGCGGCCGCACGGCGCGCCAGUCGCCCUUCUUCCGCGACCUCGCCUCCCCCAUCCCGUCCCACCGCGGCGGCCCCCACUUCGCCUCUCCCGCGGCCGCCCUGCCCUCCGCCACGCCGCCGCUGUCGCCCGUCUUCACGCUCGACGACCGCUUCGCCGCCGCCGACUUCUUGCCCGACCCCACCGCCUCCGACCUGCUCCCCGUUGCCUCCUCCCCCUCGCCCCGCGCCGGGACAGGCACAGGCAGCCGCUCGCCCUCAUGGGACCGCUCCCGCGGCAAGAAGCAGAGGAGGGCAAGGCGGCGGAGCAGAGCAGAGCAGAGGGAGAGAGGAUAUGGCGGCACCAGCACCUUCCCCGCAGCCGCUGCUGCUCCUGCUCCUCGUGGCGCUGCUGGCCGCCACCGCGCCCCGCCGCGCCGACGCGUGGGGCAAGGAGGGCCACAUCAUGGUCUGCAAGAUCGUAGAGAGGUACCUGUCGGAGGAUGCGGCGGCGGCGGUGCAGGACCUGCUGCCGGAGUCGGCCGGCGGGGAGCUGUCGACGAUGUGCCCGUGGGCGGACACCAUGCGCUUCCGCUACCACUGGGCCAGCCCGCUCCACUACGCCAACACCCCCAACGUCUGCAACUUCAACUUCUCACAUGCUAAGGAAGUUGGUUGAGACAUCACUGUCUGCUUCAACCAAGAGAUUUGAAGAGUUGCCAAAGGGUAACGAGAUGUUGAAGAGGCAGAGUGAGUUCAUGACACUGCAGUGCAAUUGCACCGUUCCAUUGAACAUUUUUCCUUUUCAUUUUUCUUAUUAUUGGAGUGAGGAUGUUAGAAUGAGGAACUAUAUGAUAGUAGAUAUGGCAACUGUGUAAUAGUAUAAUCAGGAAUAACGACAUUUCCAUCACUAUUGUGUUUUCUUGAAUUGUAUGCAUAAAAUGGAAUUUGUUGAUUUUAUAUUCUUUUUAAUUC